GAAUGACUAUCGUUAGGCGAUGACGCGUUUCUACAGCAGAGAACUGAUUGGUCGCUGGAGCUGUCAAUCAUUGAGCCGUGGGUGGGUCGCGAGGGGAAAAUGGCUACCCUGUCUGUUAGCGAGCCUCAGGAGAUGGAAGUUGACAGGAGGGGCGAGUCCGAGGAGUCCGGCGAUGACGAGACCAAGAGGAGGAGCGUCAAUGGAGACGUGGAAGAUCUGCAGCGAGCUUCCACAGCUCCAGAUGAGUUGCCUGUCGAUAUGGACACCAUCACCCUCGACCCUAACGAGGAGGACGUGGAUCUGGUCCACUGUCGGAUCGGGAAGAUCGAGGGACUUGAGGUCUUGCAGAAAGCCAAGACGCUUUCUCUCAGACAAAACCUGAUUAAAAAGAUAGAGAACCUGGAGAGCCUGGUCUCGCUGAGGGAACUGGACCUGUACGACAACCAGAUCCGCAAGCUGGAGAACCUGCAGGCUUUAACCGAGCUCGAGCAGCUAGACGUAUCGUUCAACCUGCUGAGGAAGAUCGAAGGUCUGGAGCGUCUGACGAAGCUGAAGAAACUCUUCCUGCUGCACAACAAGAUCACGAACAUCGCCAACCUCGAAAACCUCACUGGCCUUCACAUGCUGGAGCUCGGGUCCAAUCGCAUCAGGAUCAUCGAGAACCUGGACGCGCUCACUUCUCUGGACAGUUUGUUCCUCGGCACGAAUAAGAUCACUCAGCUGCAGAACCUGGACGGCCUCCACAACCUGACGGUCCUCAGCAUCCAGAGCAAUCGCAUCACCAAACUAGAGGGACUGCAGAACCUGGGGAACCUGAAGGAGCUCUACCUGAGUCACAACGGCAUCGAGGUUAUCGAAGGCCUCGAGAACAACAAAAAGCUGACGACUCUGGACAUCGCAGCGAACAGGAUAAAGAAGAUCGAAAACAUCAGUCACCUCACAGAACUGCAGGAAUUUUGGAUGAACGAUAAUCAGAUAGAGAACUGGAGCGACCUGGACGAGCUGAAGAACGCUAAGGGUUUAGAGACGGUGUAUUUGGAACGCAACCCGCUGCAGAAAGACCCUCAGUACAGACGCAAGAUCAUGCUGGCACUGCCCAGCGUCCGGCAGAUCGACGCCACCUUCAUCCGCUUCUGACCUCCACACACACACACACACACACACACACACACACACACACACUCACACACACACUCACACACACUCACACUCUCUCUCCGCCUCCUUCCUGCUCCAAAUCUCACCUUUUCCUAACCAUUAGCCAGAUCAAACACACACACACACACACACACACACACUGCUCAUAUGCAAACACCCUUUACUAACACACACACACACACACACACACACACACUUGUUCCUCUUCCCUCCACUUCUAUUCCAAAGCUUCUUCCAUUUUUGGUCAAAUAAAACACACUCUGUUAGAUCACGUGCAAGAGUACCCUUUACACACACACACACACACACGUGUCCCUAUGCUAAUGUUUGGUUUGAGGUGUUAGAAGGACAGGAAGUUGAUGGUCAUCAGUGUUGAGACUCUCGUCAUCACACGCAAAGUUUUUUAGUUUAAUAUCGGAUCAGAACAAUAAUCCAGAAAGUCUGUUACUAUUAUUACUAUUAUUAUUAUUAUUAUUAUUAUUAUUAUUAUUAUUAUUAACAUUCGCAUUUCUACUCUGUUAUUUCGAGAUCUCGGGUGAAUUUUCUUCUCAAACUAGCAAAAGUGACAUUAUGACAUUAUUAAUGUAACGUAAGGAACUCGUGGGGGCGGAGCUUGCUGAUUUGUCAAUCAUGUAUUUAAAUUUUAAAAAAGGGACAAUUUAAUGCAAAUUAGUAAGAAAUCAUUAAUGCUACACAAUCAAUUAAUCAGCUCUUGUACAUUCAUCAGAAUGAACCUGUACGUCCUCUGUGUCUCCGCCUCGGAAGCCCCGCCCACGCGGACACGUGAUCGCUGAUUGGUCCUCGGCGGCAUUUAUUAACGAGACGUACGAGACUCUGUAGCAAGCGUGUGGCUUUAAAAGCGUUUGGUCAACAAAGCUACAAGAAAUAACCACUGUCUUAUUUCCUCCCGGGAUUUAUUACAAAUUUAAACCAAAAAAAAAAAAAAUACAGGCCACACCCCCAAAAGAGACAAACAGUUAGGAGUCGUUCUCGUCUUUAACGCAGAAUAGGAACUUGUUUCGGGAACUCUCUGUGGUUCCUCUAAAGGUUCCUGAACCUCAGCGGAAGCACACUCAUCCACACGUCGAUCUGCUGGGCCGUUAGCCAACUUUAAAAAAACUUUAAAAGUAAACGCUCGGAAACAUCAAAGUUGUUUGACGGAAUUUUAUUCUCUCAUGAAUUUGAUGGGAGAAAAUUAAUAAUAAUAAUAAUAAUAACAAGUUGCCUUUCUGGGCUGUAAAACACUGUAUUAUUAUUUUCAGUAACUUUUCCAUUCGAUCGAAUGAUUUCUGACCAGAUUUUACUCCUUAAACGUAAAACGUACGAAGCCGUGUGCACGUGAAACACCGGACGAGAGCGUGUUUUUUUUUUUUUUUUUUUGGUGUGUGUGUGUUUUAUCGUGCGUUCGAUCCUGCGUUAAACACUAUAGCUGCAGAAUUGCAUAGUACCGCUUUAAAAAAAAUAAAAUAAAAAGUACAGCCUUUGCACCGGAAUGAAUUUGGCAAAGUUCAUUCAUCUCUGCUAUUUAUUUAUGAAGAGUCUUAAAGGUUUGAUUCUGUUCAUUUCGUUCUGUAAAAACGUCUAUAAAGCUGCGUUUUCCGGCUCCGAGUGACGUUUUAAUGACGACGUUUUAAAGCUACAAUCAGUAACGUAAAAGCUGUAAAACAGAUUAUGGCAGAUAUUUUGUGACGUCACAAAGUUUUUUGAUUUAUACGUCAUUAUAUGUAGCGUUAGCGUUCUAGUCCACCGCCAUUAUGUGAUUGUUGCCAUGGUUACAUCUCUCACGCUGUUCUCGUCACAUGUAAUUAAUACUAAUGAUUCGUUUAAUAGUUUAUUGCAUUGCCACUGUAUGUGCUCGUUGUCAUGGUUACAGUCCAGCUCGCAAAUAGCUAAUGAAUAAGGCUGAUUAGUGAUGUAGCUAGCACAGCUUUAAAACAAGACAGAUUAGUAAGAAAACGCUCAGUACGAUUAAAAUUACGACAUGAUUUACGCUUCGCGUUAACCGCUGACUCAACCUCCAUGGAUUUCUCCACGCUGAGAUACGACGUCACGUCACAACUCGUGAAACUGGGACACUGUCGGAAAACGUUACGAACUUAUUUGCGUUAAAAAAAAAGUACAUAACAUAACGGAGACUCAAGUCAGCCAAUCAGAAACGAGUAUAUUCUCUCGCUAUAGAUAUACAUAUCACGAUAUUUAUCACUAAUAAAAAAAACAACAAUAUUAUAAACAACAAACAUUUAAUUUAAUUGACGAAAGAAGGAAAAUGUGACCAGCAAUUAAGAAAAAAAAGGAAACUGACAUUUCACGAUACGUAUAAAACUUAUCGCGAUAUCGAUAUCAUAUCUCCCACCUCGUUCAUUAUUAUUAUUAUUAUUAUUAUUAUUGUUAUUGUUAUUAUUAUAUUUUUGCCUUUUCGCUCUAGGCUUUAGGGUAGAUAUACUGUACAUCAGUAAUGAAAUAAAAUCGGUGCAUAAAAAUGAAAUAAGAAGUGUUUAGUCAGUUACAGUGUAGAUUAGAUGUUUAAAAAAAAAACAACACACUGAUUGUAGCUUUAAAAACGUGACGUCCGAUACAGCGGAGAAAAUAUCACACACAUUCUACAGUUUAAUUUCCUAACAGACGUGUAGGAAUAAAAGAUGAAGAGAUGAAGACAGCGGAGGAGUGUGAGCUGAAGCGAGACGAUGGGAACAAAGUGGCGACGGAGUUUCGGCAGAUUUUUCCGUAAAUCAGCGUAAAACUGCGUAAAACUCAGAAAACAUCGGUUCUAAUUACUAACUGUUUCAGUGUGCUGUUUCUCCCCUUUUAUUUUAUUAGUAUUAUUAUUUUUUUAAUUAUGUUUCACAACUGCUUGGUUGACUGUUUUGAGAUGAAUGUAAUAUAAAUGACAAUAAACUUAAUUUGAAAAAUGUU